GGUGAAUCUCCUCUGCACCCUCUCUAAUCCAGGCAGUGUCCUGGAGAAUCUCCUCUGCACCCUCUCUAAUCCAGGCAGCAUCCUGGUGAAUCUCCUCUGCACCCUCUCUAAUCCAGGCAGCAUCCUGGAGAAUCUCCUCCUGGUAAAUUUCCCAAAUAUCCACUCCCACUCUAUCUGCCCAAAACGUCGACUGUUUGAUCAUUUCCAGAGAUGCUGCCUGACCUCCCGAGCUCCUCCAGUAUUUUGGGUGCGUUGUUCGAGAGGGGAAAAGGUUGAGUUGAUCCAAAUUUAGGUUAAAGUUAUAGAUCAGCAUCGUCUAUGUGCUGUGAGGAGAUUGGGCAGGGCAAGGCCCGGUUCUGACAAGAGAGAGCUUCCUGUCCGGCUGCAUACGGAAGCUGUGCAGCAUCGGACCGCAGGACCCUACAGAGAACGGUUUCUUCCGAUCAGAGCAUGGGGGACCCCGAGAGCCAGGACAGUCCAGAACCUCCGGAGGAGAUGAGGCGUCUGAUCAAACAGAAAGUGAAAAGAGACUCGGUAAUUGUGAAAGGGGACGUCGUCAUCCAAGGUUGGCUCUUCCUGCAGCUGCCCACCAGCACGAAGGUGCCCUGGCCGCGGGUUCGGAAGCGCUGGUUCGUGCUCACACAGGACUCGCUGGACGUCUACAACAGCAACGCUCCCAGCGCCCGGCGGCUGGGCUCCAUGGUGCUCACCAGCCUGUGCUCGAUCCGGGGAGCCGACAGCAGCUGCUUCAGAAGGACAGGGUACUGGAACGUCACAGUCUACGGCCGGAAGAAUCACUACGAGCUCUACACCAAAAAGUUAAGCGAGUGCAUUCAGUGGACACAGGCCAUACAGAGAGUCAUCAGCAGCAAAGCUCCUGUGCAGACCCCCACCUCGCUUCUCAUCAGGGACAUCGAGGAGAAUGUGUCCAAUAUGGAAAUGGUGGAGCAGAUUUAUAAGUGGAAUCCCAUUCUGCAGCACAGCCAGAAGCCACUGUAUGCCCCUCUCCUCCCAUUCCCCUACGGAGCUGCCAGCUACUGCGCCAGGAGCACGAAAGGUUACACCAACCUUCAGGACGAAGCGCUCAAGGUCUUCAACUCCCUGCAGCAGCUGGAGACCGAGCGGGAGCCCAUCCCGCUCAUCCAGGGAAUCCUGCAGACCGGCCUGGACCUGGAGUCGCUCCGCGACGAGAUCUACUGCCAGCUGAUUAAGCAGACCUGCAACCCUCCCCGGGCCGGGGGCGCGGGUGACCUGCGGAACUGGCACCUCCUCACCUGCAUGAGCAUCACCUUCCUCCCCAGCAGCAGCGUCCUCGGCUACCUGAGCUUCCACAUCCAACGGUCACGGCUGCAGUUCCCAGACACGGAGAUCGAGCGGUAUGCAGAGUUCAUCGCAGGUUCGCUGGGGAAAACCAAGGGCCGGUUGUGUGUGCCUUCCUCCCAGGAGAUCAGGCUGCUGACACGACGACAACAGAUGAAAUGCACCAUCUACUACGCUGGCUCCAGUUUCUGCAAACUCGCCAUCAACUCACACACCACGGCAGCAGAGGUUGUGAGGAGUUUACUGGCGAGGCUCGACCUGCAGAACAGCCGUAAUCAUUAUGCUCUCUUCGAACAGACCAGGAGGGACGAGUCGCUCGUGGGGGACGACACGAUCGUGGCCGACGUCCUGACCAGGUUUGAAAAAUUCUCUGCGAGCGUGGCUGAGGCCGAGUCUGAAUGCAGACUCUGUUUCAAACUGUUGUGCUUCCUGGAGCCAGACCGCGGCCCGGCCAACAACGUGGAGCUCCGCAUUUUCUUCGAGCAGGCCCAUGAGAUGGUGGUGAAAGGGUGCCUCCCCGCGCCCGAGGAAACGUUGCACACCCUGGCCGCCCUGAGGUUACAGUUCACCUUCCGGGACUUCAGCCCCCACGCGCCCCUGCCCAGACUCCAGGAGCUGUUCCCCGUCAGCGCCCUCCGCUGCAGGCUCACGCAGGCGGGCAAGCAGCCGCCGCCCGCCGGGCUCAGGAAGGGACGGGGGCACCUGCUGCCAGAGACGCUGGCGAGGAGCCUGUGGGGGGCCACCGGUCACAAGCAGAGACUGGAGGAGGAACAGGCACUGCGGGUUCAGCUGAAAGAGGAGAGCGCCGCCACGAUGUCCUCCAUUGUGGAACAGUGGAAACGGCUUCAGGGCACGGGCCAGGUGGACGCCAUGACGGCCUACCUCAGCAUCCUGAAGCAGUGGGGGGUGUACGGAGCCAGCCUGUUUGAAGUGCAGCUGUUCGCGACAACUUCGGGGAGCAUGGCUGAGACACGGUGUUUGGCCAUCGAUGCAAAGGCUGUUUCUCUCUACAAGCCGGGAGAUAUCGAAUCCGUGGAGAGCUUUGAUUACCACCAGAUUUCAUCGUUUGAGACAACUGAUAAGAAAACACUUAAAGUUACUCUGAACAAAAGGACUUUGUUGCUCGAAUCCUGCAAGGCCCGCGAGAUUUCUCAGCUGAUGAAGAUAUACAGCACCCACCAUUGCAGAACAUGGACCCGAGCUGGCUGCCAUCCCACAAAACCCAGAACCACAGGGGCCUUGCCCAACACUCCCCAGCGGGUCCAGUACAAGGACUUCAGCACAGAGCAGACUUUUACCUCAGGAGGCAUGUGAUGCAGGAAGUACAACGGGAGAGAAAGCCGCUUUUCUUUUGGCGAGAUGGUCCCAGUCUAUUGCCCUGCCACACCAGCACAUCCAAAACUCACCUUUCUGUGCCUUCUAUUCUUCCCAACCGCUUUCGCACGAGCUGCUGGAGAAGAGUGGUUCGUUUUAGGGAAAUCCGUCGGUACCAGGUGUCCUCGAGAUCUCCGUGGUCUCUAUGGGUCGUGCCCCAAGAUCCGACAGAGAGCACAAUUUUUUUAAAUGUCUUUUUUUUUUAAAUAUGUAUUUUAAAACGCUAGAUCACGGAGUAGUAAUGGUAUUAAACUACCACGAACACAGAAAUAGUUUUAAAAAAAAAGAACAUUUCCUCAAAGACUGGGCAGUGGGAUAAGCACAUCGCUCUGAACCACAAUCAGUGCACAGGAGGAGAUGUUACGGAGAGACGGCCCACAGCACCUGGUGCCUCAGCAGAACCAAAUCCAUGAAACACUACAAAUUGCCAGCUCCAAAUCUCUGAAAAGUGACUUGAGCUGGAACCGGACGAGCUGAUGUGCUGAAAGUGAAGAGGACUGAGGCUGGAACCUCACAACCCGUGCCCGGCAGAAAUCUGGGGGAAGAAAGGAGAAAUUGGGAAUUCCACUCUUUCCGAAGUGACUUGUUUUAACCUGGCAGUUGAGUCGAUCACUCCCACGUGAAGAACUCCAGGCUGUCAGUCUGGAACUAAUUAAUUAUUUCAUCUGGCACAGUCUUGACGGCGUGCAGGAAAUUGUGUGGAAGCCCUGGGUAACAGAUUGCACUAACUUACUUGAGUCCGAAGCUGCUGUGAGCAUCCCUGGGCCUCGAUGUCUAAAGCUGCUGGCAGCUUUCCUUUUACAAAACCCUUCCCUUUGAUUGUAAAUUUGCUCCAUAAACAAAAGCUUUUUUAAAGAAAAAAUUAACUCUCAGCAUUUCCUGUCUCACCCAAUGUCCAUGUAAUGCACUGUACUGUACAGCUGAACAUGGGUGCAUUAUGUAAAGGAUUUUCUGAUUAAAACAACUGACUAUAUUGUUAACUGUA